UUAUCCCUCCCAUUGGCUGCAGCCGGAUGCUCAGUGUUCCUCCGCUUUUCUCAAACCUCAAAUUGCAACUGAGCAGAUGGAGGUCCACAGCGCAGCCUUCCAGGAGACCAUUCACCUGUAGAUAUUUGAAACCAGUCCGGUUCAGCCUCGCGCGGGCUGCUGACCCAUCUGCAGACUCCUCCAGCUCUCCUCGCUCCGCUGCGCUCUGGCUGGAAAUAACUUCAUCACAGCAGGUUAUUUUUAUCGGGCAACUGUCGCCGUGCGCUGCGCUUCAACGCCAGACUGCGGGCUGUGCUUGGAUGGAGGGAUGUCGGCAUGGCUUGCACCAGGAGAACAAAAACUUUGGUGUCCACAUGCGUGAUCCUGAGUGGCAUGACCAACAUCAUAUGCCUCCUCUAUGUGGGAUGGGUGACUAACUACAUCGCAAACAUUUACAUCAAGGUCCCGAUGCCCGUAGCCGAGAGGAACUCUGAAGUUGACAAAAGGGGUGACACUCUCCGCAUCAUGGAGCGCCUGGAUCGGCUGGAGACUGUGGUGAAGCAGCACAUUCAAGAGACACCGGGGAAGGAAGAGGACAGUCAGGCAGACACAUCAUUCUCUGACUCGUCGCUCUUCACACACUGGGGUCAGGAACUCAACUCAGAUGACCGUCGGGUGGCCCUCAAGAUGUUUCAGUACUAUGGAUAUAACACCUACCUCAGUGACCGUUUGUCACUAAGCAGGCCAAUACCUGACCUUAGGCCUGAUGGGUGCAGAAACAUUACGUACCCUCUGAGCCUUCCUCAAGUGAGCAUCGUCUUCAUUUUUGUGAAUGAGGCUCUGUCUGUCAUCCUGCGGUCCAUUCACUCUGCCAUCAACAGAACGCCCUCCCACCUUCUGAAGGAGAUCAUCCUGGUGGACGACAACAGCAGUAACAAUGAGCUGAAGGAAAAGCUGCAGGAUUUUGUUUCUGAGACAAACAAACAACGACCAGGGUUCAUCAAGGUGGUGCGACACGACAAGCAGGAAGGCCUGAUCCGGUCCAGAGUGAGUGGAUGGAGAGCGGCCACCGCCCCGGUUGUUGCCCUGUUUGAUGCCCACGUCGAGUUUAAUGUUGGCUGGGCUGAACCUAUUCUGCAGAGAAUUAAAGAAGACAGAACCCGCAUCAUAUCCCCAUCAUUUGAUAACAUCAAGUAUGACACAUUCGAGAUUGAAGAGUAUCCGCUGUCUGCCCAGGGCUUUGACUGGGAGCUGUGGUGUCGCUACCUCAACCCCCCCAAGUCCUGGUGGCAUAAAGGGAGCAAGAAUGCACCCAUCAAGAGCCCGGCCCUGAUUGGUUGCUUUGUGGUGGACCGGCUGUACUUUGAGGAGAUCGGAUUGUUGGAUGAAGGAAUGGAAGUUUAUGGAGGAGAAAAUGUGGAACUGGGCAUCAGGGCGUGGCAAUGUGGGGGCAGUGUGGAGGUCCUGCCGUGUGCACGGAUCGCCCACAUCGAGCGUGCUCAUAAACCCUACACUGAGGAUUUGACCUCCAAUGUGCGGCGAAAUGCCCUCAGAGUCGCAGAAGUCUGGAUGGAUGAGUUCAAAAGCCACGUUUACAUGGCAUGGAACAUUCCAAUGGAGGACUCUGGGAUUGAUAUUGGCGACAUUUCUGAAAGGAAGGCAUUGAGGAAGAGGCUUCAGUGCAAGACGUUCCGUUGGUACCUUGUCAACAUCUACCCGGAGAUGAGGAUGUACAGCGACACCAUCGCAUAUGGAGCACUAAAAAACUCUCUGAAGAGCGACCUGUGUCUGGAUCAGGGGCCAGAUGGAGAUAACGUCCCCAUCUUGUAUCUCUGUCACGGUAUGACACCACAGAAUGUGUACUACACCCGUACUCAGGAGCUGCACAUCGGGCUUCUCAGUCCCACCAUUGAUGAUGACGACAACAAGUGCCUGGUGGACGUGAACGGCAAGCCGCGCCUCACUGAGUGCAGCUACGCUGCAGCCAAGCGCAUGAAGCUCCACUGGCUCCUGACUCAGGGAGGAUCCAUUCAAAACAAGAAGUCAAAGAGAUGCCUGGAGCUCGUAACAAGCAACAGCAAUGAGUUUGGCUUCCAGCUGGCUCUACAGAAAUGCACUGGACAGAAAUGGUUCAUCACAAACGUGCUGUUCAGCAAUUUGCUAUGAUCCACUGUUGAAAGAAACGUUGAAUUUGAUGAUAUGUAGACAAGAUGAACCCUUUUGUUUUGCUCUAUACUUGCAUACAAAUUGCUGCCGAGUGGAAGAAUAAGUAUCAGGAGAAUGCUGCAUGGUUGAGCAGGUUUGUUCUGAGUGACACAAUGUCCUUUAAUAGGCAGUAGACAUUUCAUUCUGAAUGUUAAACAUUUCAUUUAAACAGUGGGAUUGGCCUUUUUUGCAGAUUUUACUAGUCUUAAGUAUGCUUGUGCAGAACACAAUGCACUCAGAAUUUUGUUGACUGAAAAGACCUAAAAAAAAGGGGUGGUUAUUUUUUACUGGGUUUAAAUUUCGCUACUGUGUAGCGAUUUUUUCUGAAUUUGCCCCUGCUGUAAUUAUCUUCUGUUAGUGUCUCAGGUUUGUACGGUUGUUAUACAACGCAGCUGAACAGCUGUGGGGGAAAAAAUGAAAUAAACUGGAAAUAAUAUUUUCAAAAAUGUACAUUUUUGAAAUAUUUUGAAUUUUUGUCAGUAAAAAGACUGAUACUAACUUCUCUGGACCAAUGUUUAUUUAUUUAUUUUUUUUAUUGACUUCUAUGAUCACAAAGGAUCAGUGUUUCAAACAUAUUCCCAUGGGAUUAAACCUCCAGGAAUGGAUCUUGAUACAAAAAUUGGGUAAUUUAAACCAAAUUUGAUCUAGCAGAUUUUGAUUUGGUGAUCCGAUUCUGCCUUUAUUCCAUAUUAAAGACCUGUGUUAAGUAUUUUUAAACUUUAGAUUGAAUACUGGAUUAGUUUGAUCCUUAAAAUGAGGAUUAUUAUGAUUCCUGCUGAGAGCAGGAGUUGAAGCUGAUCUGGUGUUUGUUCUUUCUCUAAAAAAUUAACGUUGAAUCAGGUUCCAGAAAAAAAUAAUUACACUUUGUUAUACUAAAAAUAAAGAUUUAAGUUGGUUUUUAACUUUUUUUCUUUGACAGUUAUUAAUUGCAACCAUACUAGACAAUGGAGUGGUUGAUAAAGAGCAGUGACAGACCAUUGUGCUGGAAGUGGCAGUAACAAGGCAGCACCAGGAAGAAAUAAAAUGAGAAACUGGAGAAAUACGAGGGAUGUAGGGAAGAAGUGACUGCCUGGAAAGUGAAGGUAUAAAUGGUACCCCUGGUAAUCAGAACACCCAAGGCAACAACAACUCCCAAACUGGAGAGACUACAGCAGAUCCCUGGAAAAACCUCAAAAAUUUCAGUCCAGAAAAGCGCAGUGCUAGGACCAGCAAAGAUAUUGUGCAGGAUUCUCCAGCUACUAGGCUUCUGGUAGAGGACCCGAGCUUGAAGGAGAAACCACCCACUAUUUCACUGCUGAUGUAGUAACUGAAUUUAUACUUCUUGUUUUUAAAUGAUUUUAUUUCUUUAAUAAAGACAGUUUUUUUAUUUCAAUCUUUUAUUAGAUGUAAAAUUAAUAAAUCAUCAUUGAUAUACAAAGAUCAAAAAUGUAUACAUAAAAAAAUAUUAACAGAAAAGCAUUACAGGGGAAACUCAGAACACAACUUUAGACAAAAUGUAGAAUCCUAUUUUAAAAGGUCCUGGACUAGUGGGUUCUGCUAUUUUCUGAGGAUUUGUCAAAGGUCAUUUGUGCAUAUUUCAGUGUUAAAAAAAAAAAAACAUACACA